AUGCCUCGCUAUGCCCAGCUGGUGAUGGGGCCUGCGGGGAGCGGGAAGAGCACCUACUGCUCCAUCAUGGUCCAGCACUGCGAAUCCCUCAACCGUUCGGUGCAGGUGGUGAACCUGGAUCCGGCAGCAGAACACUUCGACUACGAUGUUAUGGCAGAUAUCCGAGAGUUGAUUGAGGUGGACGACGUCAUGGAAGACGAUUCCCUCCGGUUCGGCCCCAACGGCGGCUUAGUUUUUUGCAUGGAAUAUUUUGCAAACAAUUUGGAUUGGCUGGAAGAAUGCCUUGGUCACGUGGAAGAUGAUUACAUCCUAUUCGAUUGCCCAGGUCAGAUUGAACUCUACACUCACUUGCCGGUGAUGAAACAGUUUGUAGAGAAGCUGCAACAGUGGGAAUUCCACUGUGCGGUGGUUUUCCUUGUAGAUUCUCAAUUCAUGGUGGAAUCUUUAAGGUAUCUUAUGUUUAUUUCCGGUGCGAUGGCUGCUCUGAGCGCUAUGGUUUCCCUAGAGAUCCCCCAGAUCAACGUCAUGUCCAAGAUGGAUUUGCUGAGCAAGAAAGCAAAAAGCGAAGUUUCCAGGUAUCUGGACCCCGAUAUGUAUUCUGCCUUGGACGAUUCCACAGAUCUACUCAAAAGCCGGCGGUUUAAGAAGUUAACCACGAUCUGUGGCUUGAUCGACGAUUACAGCCUGGUUCGCUUCCUGCCACUCGAUCGCUCCGACGAGGAGAGCAUCAACAUCGUCCUGCAGCACAUUGAUUUCUCCUUCAGUACGGGGAGGACUGAAUUUAAGGAGCCAAAGGAUAAAGAGGAAGACAAAUCUUCAGCUUUUGACGAAUUCUUCCAGGAUGGAGUGGAUGAAUGACAGUUUUCGAUAUUUCAUUCAAAUCCAGAUGAAAUUGGCAUCGCGUUUUUUUCUCCACGCUGCGUUUCAAAAUUCACAAACUCUUGGAGCCGUCAAAGGACAAGGGGUGGGGUUUUUUUUUAACCCACGAAGGGGUUUAACAUUAAAAAAAAACGGAUCGCGCCACAAAGUUUUAUUUUUGGAAGACACGAAGUCCGCGUUGUAAGAAAUAAAUUAUUGUGUUUCGUGUUU